ACAAACGGGGAAGUGUGAAUACAGAGAUGGGAUGUGAAAAGUUGAACCUGUUCCAUUAAUGAUUAUAUGUACGACAUGGUUUAAUAUUAGGACUUACUGACUGAUAUGAACAAUAUGCCAGAAAUUUCAAGGCAGCCAGCUUGCGACUGGGCAUCACGGAUUCAAAUACAUGGUACAUUGUUCAAGAAACCGUUCGGCCAUCAAUCUAACAAGUGGUCGAAAAGAUUUUUCCUAGUCAAAGAUGGCUUCCUCAUGUACUAUGCAGACAAUGAGAAGAAGGAGUUCACAAAGCGGACAUACUUCAACAUCCACCCAAAGGGUAUCGUGCCACUAGGAGAGUGCGAGUUCAAGACUGUCAACGAUGCUGUCCAUCCUUUCUGUAUUCAGAUAUCCAGUGCUGAGAUCAACGGUCAACUGGUGCUGGCGCUGGAGAGUGACUAUGAGAGGAGCAAGUGGAUGGAGCUGAUGGAACAAUCCCGCAGAGUGACAUGGAAGAACCACACCCUCGGGGAGGAGAUGAUUCGCCAGCUGGAGAACCAGGGGCUGCAGAUGGCAAGGGAGAAACAAGACUACUUUGAUCGCCUUCAGAGUGAAGUGUGUGCUUUGUCAGAAGAGCGAGAAAGAGCAGAGGAGUUGGAGAGAAUCAACCAGGAACUGGAGAAGGAGAGGCAGAAACUGGAGAAGUUCACUCAGGAUAUCAGGGAGGAGUAUGAAAAGAUCCGAGAUGAGCUGGAGGAGACUGUGGACACGAUGCGGAUGUUGGACGAUGACCGCCAGCAGCUCUCCGAGACACUCAAAACACAGUAUGACCAGCUACAGGGACUUGCCAUGGAAAAGGAAAGAGUGGAAAGCGAGAUGAAGCACAAGGAACAAGUGGCCUCCAAGGAGAAGAAUGACCUCUCACAGGCCACCACAGAGCUCAGCUCCAAACUGAAGGAGAUCGAGAUGAAGACUGAUUCAUUACUGAAGGAAAAGGCAGAGGCUGAAUCUAGGUUAAAAGAAAAUGAAGAAAAAGCCUCACAGUUGGAGGAAGAGAAGCAGAACUUCAGUGAACAUGCACAGGAGCUGCAGUCUACAAUAAAGGACCUUGUCACACAGAAAGAGAUUACAGAGAAAGAACUCAGGGAGGAGAUCAGGGCGCGGCUGUCCGCGGAGACAAAGCUGCAGGAGGCUGAGCGGUCACUGAAGAUCCUGGAGCGUGCCGUCGCAGACAAGACCAACAACAUCGAGGAUGACGUCAAGGAGGAGAUGACUUUCAAUGUCCAGAAACUCAAACAAUUCUUUGAGGAUCUGGCAGCAGAAGCUAAACUGUCAGCAGAUCAGCCAAUCAUUAUGAAGAAUGCAGUGUGUGCCAGGAAAACAAUGGCUAGACGAGCCAAAACAAUGAAAUUUACAAAUCGAAAAAGAUCUAGCAGUCUCGACGCGCCGAAAGGGAAUCGCCCAUUAACAAUGUGCCUUAAGCCUGAGGGCGGUGUCAAACCCAGCAUUGGCAUCAAACGAUCCGUAACUUCCGUUGACAGAUCCGCCAGGGACCGCUUAUUCAGUGACCAAGAACCAAAAAGUCCUGACUCUGUUUUAUAUGAAGAUCACCUAUGAUGAAGAACACCUAUAAUAUUCACUAACGCCUAGAUGUUUACAGCAUUAAAAUCUGUCCGAUGUUAGGCCACACUUUUUUUAUUUUAUGUUUCACGAAUUUAUUCCUUCUCUCUCACACAAGGUCGGUCAAAAUCAAAAUCAAAAUAGAUUUCAAUUAUUUAUUUUAUGAAAAUCAUUCUGCUGUUGAGUUGCAGCUGGCUUCUUGAAUCACGGAUAGUGAUGUAGACAUGGAAUUUAUGUAUAACAUUUAUAUUGUAUAAAAGGGUCUAUAUUAGUAGCAGGAGACAUAAGAAAAAUAUAUAUUUGUAUGUUUAAUUGAUUUCUUAGACCGGCUGCUUUUCAGUAGGGGCAGCAGGCCGUGAAACGAAAAAUAAAAAAUGUGUGGCCUAAAGGAAAUAUGUCUUGAGUGUUUCCAAAGAUAGACUUGUCUCCCUUUCAGCGCUGUGCAUGGUGUUGAUGCUUGUAUGUUAUUGGUGCUGAUAUAGGAUUAGGCUGAACUGUAGGGUAUGUUGUGUAAGAUGAAUAGGUUAUGGUAAUGAAUGAUACUGCUGUAUCCACUCUCCGAGUUCACUUCUCGUGAUUCUAACAGCUUUCAGUUAUGUUUGCUUGUAAGUACUGUUAACCUGAAAAUUACAUAACUUACUGAAUCUAUAUUUAAAUAUGUAUAACUGUUAUUUGACUGACUGAUGUAAGGUGCAAAAUAUUAUGGACAUAUUUCCUGUCAUACUUGUGAGUCAGGAAUAAAAAUUAUACAAGUUAAGAACAACUGGGGUCUUGGACUCUCAUCCUUGUGCUGGCUGCCCUGGUGUAGCAUCAUAACCCUCAUGACAGAUCAAGACUCACACACGUCAAAUGUCUGUCCGAUUUGAGAACAUGAAGAGGUAUGGCUUGGGCAAUGGUAGUUCAUGGAUGGCUCGCUCAUCCUUGUGCUGGCUACCCUGGUGUAGCAUCAUACCCUGAUGACAGAUCAAGACUCCCCCCACAUGUCAAUGCCCCAGGUGAGGAAGAUAUGGAGCAGUGGUUGGAUCAGGUGAGCACAGUACUUCACAUGUUAUCCUGCGUCCUGCUGCUCCGUCAGCAUCACACCUUGACAGUACCAGGUGUAGUCAGGUGUGAUCAUUUGCUGUGAUUUUUCUAAUAAUAUCUAACCCCAGUUCAGUUUACUUAUCUUGGAUAUUUAUUGUGUUAACCAUGAAUGAUGGCUGUUGUAAGCUUGAUGACCUCGUGUAUAAAGCAAACGAACAACUCAUAACACUCAUGUAUAGGUACUUAACUGGACUCGUCCUGCUCCUAUGAUGUAUUAUGGUACACCUUUUUGAGACAUAGGUUGUUAAAUAAUCACUAGUGUUGUUAAAUGUGAAUAGCAAGGGUGCCAUGAGGAUACUGAUGGGGGUAUACUGCUUACCAUAAAACUACUUAAUUUAAAACUAUCGGAAGAUGCAUCAAAUUUUUGCUGUACAGGAGUAACAUAAAAUAUCCAUAAGAAUUACUUUGCAUCAAUUUGACUAUACGAAUGUACUUACCAAAUAUCAUACAUUUUAAGACACCAUUCAAAUUAAACUAAAUAUGAUUGGGAAAACUGAUCCGAGACAUUUUUGUUGACAAAGCCGAAAAAAUAAUGACUAAACACCCAAAUUAUACUGAUUAUUGCCUUGUGUCGACCCCAUCAGGACCCUCUAGCAUGCUAACAAGUAUAUUGUUAUGUUCAGUACAGGAUCAAGUGUCCACAAGUGAGGCUUUAUGUUGCUAACAGCUUGCCUUGAUUGGCAUCAGAAAUACAUAUCAGAUACUCAGUGUUCAAGCACAAGAACACGUAUCAUAGGGCGUGAAUCGAACAUGUGCACAGCUCUUUCCAUAACCUGUGUAUGCAGUCAUGUCCGUGCAACAUGCAUUGCUCAUUACUUGUGUAUUGUCUUUAUAUUGUCCAAAGUGCAAUCACAACUGUGCCAUAUGUGCAAGUCAUAUUUCAGCCAUACAGAAAGUACCUGUAUAUGUUAUACAUGUUCCACCAGUCACCUGUGCAAGUUGGUUGGUUGGUUUGUUGUUUAACGCCGCACUCAGCAAUAUUUCAGCUCUAUGAAGGCGUUCUGUAAAUAAUCGAGUCUGGACCAGACAAUCCAGUGAUUAAUAUCAUGGGCAUCGAUCCACGCAAUUGGGAUCGAUGACAUGCAUCAACCAAGUCAUCGAGCCUGACCACCCGAUCCCGUUAGUGUGUGAAGACGUUCCCCACCAGGGAGUUGGCUCACUGCUCCACGACAGUGCUGGUCCGGCUAACUGCAGGUGGGUGGUUGGGUAGCCUCGUGGGUGAAGCGUUCGCUUGUCACGCCAAUAGUCCUGGUUCUAUCUCCACAGGGGUAAAAUGUGUGGAGCCAUUUCUGGUGUCCCCUGUCUUAAUAUUAGUAAAAUCGGUGUAAAAUCCUACUCACUCACUAUCUGUAGGCAGAUUAUGUGUUAAGAGACCCUCUCUCAGACUAUGACUAUGGACGAUUCGGUUCAACUUUUCAUCCAUUUAGAACUUGUUGAAACCCUGAGAUAAUCAAGGUUAGUUCUAAAUAAUGUAGUUCACUCGUCACGCUGAAGACCCGGGUUCGAUUCCCGACAUGGGUACAAUGUGUGAAGCCCAUUUCUGGUGUUCCCCGCCAUGAUAUUGAUGGAAUAUCGGCGUAAGACCAUACUCACUCACUCACCCCCCAAAUUAUGUAAUAGACACAUGAACAUACAAUAAGAAGAUACACCUAAAAUACAUCUGAAACUUGAGCCUGGGAACAGUUUAAGAUUGUAAUAUUACUUGAUAUACUAUAUAUUAUGCUGUGUGUUGAUGCCAUGAUGCAGUGUGACGCUUUAAUGUAGCUGCUGUGAUGUGGAUGAAUGUUUGUUUGUAUACACUGUACUGUCAGUCAAUCUUCCAGAUAAACUGUCUACCUGGGGAUCACAUGGUUAAACAGUUUCCCUGGGAGAAUAUUCAUACCAGCUUUUUCUGUCCCGUCACAUAAGGCCUACAUUUAGAAAACGCUUUGAGAACCUUCAGAAUUUGGGAAUGGUUAAAAGUAAGAAAAUGUUCUGUCUGAACAAUCGUCAUGAUAUGGCUGAAAUACUGCCGAUGUGAUGUUAAAUCUUAACUCACUCACUCACUCUGUCUGGACUUGGUAAGUUCUUUAUGUUCACAUCAAAUUUGCAAUUAAACAAUAACUUGUAAAAUAUUGUUUGGUUGUCUAACUAUCCUUUUUCGUUGUCUCACUCCAUCCAUCAGAGGCAUGGAAGAAACGAUUUUUGCAUGCCCGUGACAAAACUGUUAAAUUGUCAGCUUUGUGAAGUGGUAUCUAUAUUGGUAUCCAUAUUGAUGUCCAGACAGUUGCUGUAAAUAGUCCUGAUCAUCCAUGAUGACCGCUAUGUAGAUAUGUAAGUAGACCUCAAGGCUAGUCCUGAUCAUGUAGUGAAGAUGAAGAUGGGGAGGCUUCAGUUUAUCAUUCCUUCUGCCACAGGUUGAUAAUUAAUUAAGAAUGUAAUUAAAUUGAUUUGUUUAUAUAUAUGUCUAGCUGUAAAAAAUUAAGUCAUGGGAUGUUUUUGCCUUUGUAUUGAGACAGGAUAUUUCAGAAUUAUUUAGAGUUAUGUUGAGGUAAUCGGUUGUGAAGUACAAUCAGGGAGGUGUGAUGAUGUAGGAAUACAGUGUUUGGGUUUGAUUUUCAGUUUGUAUGAUCCAAUGUUCUGUUUGGUUCUGAUUGUAAACCGCUGUUCCAGAAUCAGGUUUGUUAUGAUCAUCCAUAUAAUCACAAGAUGAUCAACAUGGGGAGAUUUUCAAGGAAAAUAUCAGGAAAAGUCAGGACAUAUCAUUAGUCAAACUGAGACUGGUGAAGUAUUUUAACCUCUCUGCGAGCCUUCAUUGUGAAUAUGACAGAAAUAUAGUAUGGAGAUGACUAAUUUUCAAAGUUUACAAAGUACAUCAAAUAUGUCUGCCUUGGCUGUUUUCCUGUGGUUAGUGUAUGUUAUGUACCUGCUUUGUUGACCUGGGCCCACUUGCACAAAGCGAUCUUAGCGCUAAGAUGCUCGUAACUCCCAUACUUUAACAUAGGCUUACAAUAGUUGUAGCGCUAAGAUCGCUUUGUGCACGUGGGCCCUGGACAUGGAAGUAUCAGUUUCCACAACAACAGAAGGAAUUUAUCAGAAUUCGAAGGUUUACAAAGAUUCCAGACACAAUCUUGUUUUCAUUUAGCCACAAUACUUUCCACACUGCUUGCACACAUAUAUCAAACAAAAUUGACAAACAAUUGUAAUUUUCCUCAUAUUUACAUCAAUUUACUUGGGUAGGUGGGGAAAAAAUAAUAGAAUUUUUCUAUUUCAAUCAAAAUGUUGAAUUCUUUGGCUUCUGAGCAGUGUUAGUUGAGUCUGUUGUGGCAGUUUAUCAUAUUUAAAAACAGUUGUUUUGUGGUAAACACUUUAAUUUCAUUUUGUGAUUUUGUGGAAUAAUGGAAAGUGUAUACUUUCCAUAUUCUAGGCUUGGUGCAAUCUGUAAGCUAGUUUGUUUAUUUUAAAAGCCUCGUAUGUCGAUAUAUAGAUACCGGGAUCAUCACACCUGCUCCUGGUUUACUCUGUACAUUUGUGUAUCAUGUUCUUCCACAGUUGUCUUCUUCCCAGACUUAACGACGUGUUAUGCAUAGGAUAUCUGUAUAGUAAUAUAUUUUAGAGCAAACUUUAGUUGAUUUGUUCUAUCUAGCAUCAUUCCUUUAUUCAACAAUGUUUUACUUUUCAGAAAUACUUUCAGCAUUAUUUUGUUUGCACUAUUCUUGUAUUACCAUAUACAAAUUAUUAUAUUUGUAUAAACUUUGUUCUCAUUUUUCCAUUAGGUGUGUGGGACUUUUUGUAAGAAAGUCUUUGUCAUUUUAUUAAAAAAUAAUUUGUCAUCAGUAAUGUUUUAUAAUCACUCGAAACAUUGCACUCCAAAUCUCCAGUUCAAGUAUCUGUAUGUAAAUAUUGAUCUUCACAUCUUUAGCUUUAGUUUCUACUUAAGAAUUUGUUAUGGGAAAUUGUCUGUGCACCAAACCUUACAACAUUUCGUUUUAUUUUAUUUUUUUCUUCACGACAUUUUGACCUAUCUGGAAUAAGAGAAAUCUUUCAAUGUGUAUAAAGAUCUAUGUAAAUAUUUCAUAUUUUUUAAAUAUUUGAUGAACAAGAUAGGGACAUGAGGAACCAUUCUAUAUUUUGUCUUAUUGCUGAUAUGAGUAUUUCUGAAAUCUUUGAUACAUGUAAUUUUAAAGGGCAAAUCGGGUAGCACAGUAGUUGCUGUGGCUGCACAUCAUGCCUAGAACAUGAGUUUGAUUCCCAUAUGGUUACAUUGUGUCGAGUACAUUAAGUGUGUCUCUGACAUUUGCCAACUGUAGUAUGAUAGGAAAACAUCAAAGGUACAAUUAAAAUAGGCUAUCUAACCAUUUGUCAAACUUAAAACACUUUUGAAUACAUCAAAAAUUAGGUUAUGAAAUUAAUUCCAAUUCGUAUGAAACGACACAGUUAGGAAAAAAAUGAUGAUAAAAUUUAUCAUCAGUCAUUUUCCUAACUAUGUUGUUAUUUUGUGGUUACUUUGAGAUAAGGGACAGGAUAUAGAUUUGGGGUAUGUAGCAUGAAGUUUCCACAGGCUUUUGUGGGGUGGUUGGGUAGCCUAGUGGUUAAAGCGUUCACUCAUCACGCCAAAGACCCAGGUUCGAUUCCCAACAUGGGUACAAUGUGUGAAGCCCAUUCCUGGUGUCCCCCGCCGUGAUAUUGCUGGAAUAUUGCUAAAAGCGGCGUAAAACCAUGCUCACUCACUCACAGGCUUUUGUCUAUCACUAAAAUGUUAAUAGUUAACAUUUGUCUACCUAAGACAAAUAUUCAUCACUGGGCCAUUUAGAGUUUUUUUUAACCACCUAUAUCUGUUCAAGGGGCCAGUCUUUCUACACACUAUUGACAAAAUUUAGAUGAAACACUGAAACCUCAAAUUUUGAAAUGUCUUUAUAAAAUAUGUAUGAAACAAAUAAUUGAUGUGUUUGGACUCUUGCUAUGUAAUAUGACUGAAACCUCAAAUUUUGAAAUGUCUUUAUAAAAUAUGUAUGAAACAAAUAAUUGAUGUGUUUUGACUCUUGCUAUGUAAUAUGACUGGAAGGGUAUAGGCCUACAUAGUUUUCUGUUCAGGGGAACUGUUCAAAGUUUCUAUGCACAUCUGCGGUAUAAUGGGUCAUUCAUCAGAAUUAUCUAUCAAGACAUAAGAUACUUGUAUGCUAUUUUUACACAUACACAAUGUCUUUCAAGUUGUUGUCACAUAUCAUUAGGUUUAGACUGCAAGGUCAAGAAAGAGAACUCUAAUUUUCUGAUCUGUAGUUAUCUCCCUUGAAUAGCUUGUAGACACUUUGAAGAUGAUCCCAGCUUGGAGUAUCUCAGAUUGUACAAAUAUCCUAACUGUGCCACAGCCUGUUUCAAUUUGUGAUUUGCUCUCCAUGGUGCCACAUUGAUGCAAGAAAGUUUGUUUUGAGUUACCAGUUGUCCAGUGUCCAUCCCACCUACCGGUAAUACUCUUACAAUAUUUUCAAAUAUCACAGUUGAAUUUCUGCAUGUAAAUAUUUCAAUAGUUUAAAAUAGAACUUGAAAUACCACUGCUGUAUCAGUGUUAGAGAGCUCCUUGACCAUGGUAGACGAGAGGACGUCUCAUAAAGAAUUCCCAUAAACAGGUAGCCAGUGUAAGAUUUGCAGGGAGGCUCAAUGUCUACCAUUGUCUUUAUUAAAAUAUACAUCAUUACAUGGAGAUUUGUUUAACAAGCUGAAAGUUACUCAGGCAGUUCAAGGAAGAUUUUAUUUAAUGCAAAAUAUAUAUAUAUGACUGAUGUAUAUCUGAUGUGAAAUUGUAUAUUCACUUGUGGACUUUGUGAAAAAUGUUAUUUUCAUCUUUAUUACAUGUACUUAUAGAAAUUGAGCAUUGCCAUUUCUAAACCCUUUUUGCCUAAAGGAGCAUCCACUUGAUUAGUAUAGGGGAGGGGGUGGGUAUGGGUAUUUUCCACAAUUCAUUUUUUUCGCCACUGCCAACAAACUAUUCAUUUUGGGCAUAUUUCUGAACAAACUAUUUGUUAAAUAAGCUCCUCUCUCUCUCUCUCUCUCUCCCCCCCCCCAAGUUCAAAUAGACUCUCCCAUUAGAAAUUUCUAUUUUUUACUGUUAGGGACAGAAUUGGGGAUGAUAUGUUUCAUGAAUGCCUGUUUGAAUUGCUUGGAUGUACAGAGAUGCUGGGGAUAUGACUAGUUAACUGCUUGAUACAUUCAGCUGCAGUAGGAAUCCCAAGUUGUGGAAGCUAGUCCAAUGCAAAAGAAUUGACCUGAAAUAUUACUUUGAUAGUUGAAUGCAUACAGUUAUAUAACAGUGUGUACACAUUUUUCAACUACUAACCCGCAUGGGUACAAUGUGUGAAGCUUGUUUCUGGUGUCCCCUGCCGUGACAUUGCUGGAAUAUUGCUAAAAGCGGCAUAAAACCAUACUCACUCACUCACUCACUAUUUGACUGGAGGUUAUUGAUUGUUUUUAGUGCACAUUUCAGAUUUGAAUUGAUAUAGCAAAAUAUAUUCCUAGUUUCUUUUCUUUUUAUAAAUAAUUGAGUUGGGACUUCUAUGAAAUAUGACAAUAUCCCCUUCUUCCAACAUGGUCCAUUUGUUUGUGUUUCUUCAAGAAGCUGACUUGGUUCUCCGAAAAGCUUAUUAAUUUAGUGAAACAAUUCUUGUGAGAAGCCACACGAUGUGGAACAUAGUGUAAGAUCAGGUUUGAUAAUGUUUUGAUAGAAAGUGAGAUACUCUUGAGAGACGACUGGAAAUUCUGAGUAGCCAAAUUUGAGAUUAUUCACUUUGCCAAUCUGUUAUAUUUUUAUUCCAGACCAUUGUUAAUUGGAUGAAACAUUGUACAUUGUUGUGCAGGUAUUGCAUAUUCCUCAACCACAUUAUUGUUAAACUGUUUUAGAUCAUGCAAGAACAUUAAAGAGGUGUUGUUUUUGUCAA